UCAAAAGAAGUAAAACACUUUUCAAAGGCAUCUUUCAUUUAAUUUCUUCAUUCCACGAAACAAAUUAAGUAAAAGAGUAGUAACCUUCAAUUCUCUCUAAACUCUAAUUUGCAAAAUUUUGUUGUACUAUACUCAACUCAUGGCAGUCCUUUCACUCCCACCUUCUGAAACAACACCACCACCUAAAGUCAAGCGUAGAAGAAAACAUCAAAUUAAUCCUCCUCCUAAACUCAUCAAACAACAACAACAAAACACUACUUCAUCAACAUCAUGGGACCAAAUCAAGAAUCUUUUAAAAUGUAAACAAAUGGAUGUUUCGGGUCAUAAUCAAAAAAUCCAACAAGCAAAUAAUAAUGGGUAUUCAAAGUUGAUGAGUAUUAAUUCUUGUAGUUCCAUUUGUAGUUUUAAAGCAGAUGUUGCUGCUAAUUCUACUACUAAUAAUAAGAGUACUAGGGUGGUUCAUAGGGCUGAUGAUAACUCGCCGGAAAGUAGUACUGGCGGUGGUGGUCAAGAUUCCGGCAGUCAUGCUCUUAGAAGGAAGAAACAUAGUAGUAUUAUUGCUAGUAGUACUAAUAAUAAUAAUAAUGGUGUAUCUUCUACUACUUCUUCUUCAAGUAAUUCUACUAAUAGGUCCAUGAGUAGUAGUUCAGUAGUGAGAUCCAACGGUCAUGGGAGUUACACGUCAUCAUCUAGAGGCAUGCAAUUUAGGAAGCUUUCUGGUUGCUAUGAAUGUCAUGCCAUUGUUGAUCCUGCUAGGCAUGCAAUUCCAAGAAGUACAAUUUGUUUAUGUUCAGAAUGUGGAGAAGUGUUCCCCAAAAAGGAAAGCUUAGAGCAUCAUCAAGCUGUUAAACAUGCCGUAUCUGAGCUGGGAGUCGAGGAUUCGGGUCGAAACAUAGUAGAAAUAAUAUUCAAGUCCAGCUGGCAAAACAGGAACCAUCCGAUCUUCACAAUUGACCGAAUCUUAAAAGUCAACAACACACGUCGAACAAUCCAACGGUUUGAAGAUUGUCGUGACACCAUCAAGCUCCGCGCCACCGUGACCGCCACAGCUUCUCGUUGCGCCGCCGACGGAAACGAGCUUCUACGCUUCCAUUGUACCACACUCGGUUGCUCACUCGGCUUAAACGGCUCAUCCAGCUUAUGCGGCUCGUUCCCAGGCUGCGGCGUGUGCACCAUAAUCCGUCACGGGUUUCAAAGCCCAAAGUCGGGUGAAGGUGGCGGCCGGAAAGGUGUGUGCACCACCGCAAGUAGUGGAAGAGCACAUGACUGUCACGUGGGUGGGGCGCGUGGGGUAAGAGCAAUGCUUGUAUGUCGAGUGAUAGCGGGGAAAGUGAAGCGCGUGGCGUCAAAUGCGGUGGUAGAUGAAGAUGGGCCGUACGAUUCGAUGGCCGGGUUACCCGGGUCAUACUCGAAUAUUGAGGAGUUGUAUGUUUACAACCCGCGAGCCAUACUUCCUUGUUUUGUUGUUAUUUACAAGGCAAUGGAAAGCUGAUGUCAUAUUAUUAUUUUUUUAAUUAACGGUUUCUUUUUUUUUUACUGAUUAGUUUAUUGUAGCUAGACUUGUUAAUGAGUUUUAAUUUACUUAAUCUUUGUACUACUUUUUUUGUAAAUAAUAAAAUCAGUGAUCAUGAGUUUGUA